UGUGUCUGUGUGAGCAGGAGCACUGUGUUGGGAAUUAUGACAAAGGAUGACAAAAAAGAUAGAGAGAGCAGGGUGAAGACAGGAUAGGUGGUGAAAAGCAAGAGAACUUAGAACUGCUCUUAAUAUGUUUAAGCCAGGAUUUUUGGUUUACCUUUGGCAAUUAAUCUUGUUAAAUUUCAGUGCAACAACAGAGUGCCAUUCAGUGUGGGUGGGGCCACCAUGUGUGGGUGUUUUAAUGUCACACUUUGCAUGUGAGGACAACAGCUGGAACUCCCAACAGGGUGCAGAAAUCGUCAAAUUAAAGGGACGAUUGCAAACAAGUGAUGGAUUUGUGCUUUUAAUUGUUUGCUUGUUUGUUUUUUUGUUUACAGUGACAGAGAUAGCAGAUCAACAAUGCGGUUGGACAACAUGGCWGUGGCACGGCUUCGGAGGGCAGCGGAGGAGGAGGAGCCCCGCCCACCUGCCCCACCUCCAUCACAUCACUCCAACCACCAGUUUACCAGCAUGAAGAACAAAUUCUUUAAUGAACUCACACACCUGCCAAAUCAUAAACUCAAGAUGCCCAUGUGGGCUGUGGGAGCCAUUGUUGUUGUGGUUCUUGCUCUCAUAGUCUGCCUAGGAUUCUGCGUCUACAAAAAAUGUUUCAAUAUGGGAAAAAAGCCCAAGAAGGCCCGUGAAAGGACAGGAGGUGGACGAGGGCGCAGAAAGAAGGACAAGGAGGGAGAGGAAACAGAGGACAAAAAGGAUGGAGAAGAAGGGAAAGAGGAGGAGGAGAAGGAGAACUUGGGAAAACUGGAGUUCACACUGGACUAUAAUUUUACUGARAAUCAGUUGAUAGUAGGGAUCCUCCAGGCUCAGGACCUUGCAGCUAUGGACAUGGGUGGGACCUCGGACCCUUACGUAAAAGUCUACAUGCUGCCAGACAAGAAAAAGAAGUUUGAGACCAAAGUCCAGCGAAAGAACCUCUGCCCUGUUUUCAAUGAAACAUUCACAUUUAAGAUACCUUAUAAUGAGUUGGGUGGUCAGACUUUGGUGCUGCAAGUUUUUGACUUUGAUCGUUUUGGUAAACAUGAUGUAAUCGGUGAAAUAAAGAUUCCAAUGAACUCUAUAGAUCUUGGACAACCAAUGCAUGAAUGGAGAGAUCUAGUCGGGGGAGAAAAAGAGGAGCAAGAGAAGCUUGGUGACAUCUGCAUUUCUCUUCGUUAUGUCCCCACGGCUGGUAAACUAACAGUCAAUAUCAUGGAAGCCAAGAACCUGAAGAAGAUGGAUGUUGGAGGACUGUCAGAUCCCUUUGUCAAGGUGGUGCUGCAGCACAACGGCAAGCGAAUCAAGAAAAAGAAGACGUCUGUCAAACAAAACACUUUAAAUCCUUACUUCAACGAAAGCUUCAGCUUUGAGAUACCCUUCUCACAGAUCCAGAAAGUCCAGUUGCUGAUCACCGUGUACGACUACGACAAACUGGGCAGCAACGACCCCAUCGGAAAGUGCUGGAUCGGUUAUGGAGCUUCAGGAGUUGGGCUGCGCCACUGGUCAGACAUGUUGGCCAAUCCCAGACGUCCUGUGGCCCAGUGGCACACACUGCAGCCGGAGGAGGAGGUGGAUGCUGCCCUCAAGGCUCCCAUCCGCUAACAUGCUCCUACAACACGUAGUUAUCUGCAUAGGUUCUUUUUUCAUUAAGAAAGAUAAACAAUGGGCAGUCUUUUAAAUGACCAACUUGAGUAAUAAUUUUCACUGUGCUUCAAAUUUGUUAUGUCAUUGUUUUAGUAUAAAUAGAUGUGUGAACUGAGUUGCAUAACAUACACUUGCACUAACAAAAGAGAACAUAAAAAUAAAUGCACAUAUAUAAACUACAUACCACUGCUAAUUUACAGCUUAAUUGGCUGUUGAAGUAUUAUCUACAGAGCAAUGUGUUUGUUCAGUACUGUAGAUUCCAAUAUUAUCAUCAUUUCAGACAUUACAUUGUUGACCUGCUCUUCCACCUUUGUAAAUUUUGAUAUGGUUGUUGUUGUUGUUGUUUUUUAAAGCAUCAGAAGAAAGUAGUACAAUUUAUUAGAUUUUUUAUUGUAAUGUGUCUAGAACAAAAGAGCCUAUGGGUUUUUUUUACAUUUAUUUAAUUGUCUUUAAACGAGUUUGUAUAAAACUGUUAUUUGACAUAUGUUAAUAUGGGUUUUUACUCUGUCAUCCAGACUCAUACAUCUGUUAGCAAUGGAGCAAGAAAACAGCAAUCAAAUCAUGUUUGAUGCUACAUCAUCAYGUGCAAAAUAGAACAAUAAAAUCCAAGUGACUGCAAUGAAAAUGUGGAUGAAAAGCACCUUCAAAUUGGCCCAUUUUUAGCUACUUUCAUCUGUUGCCAGGAAAUUAUAUUUGCUGUCUGAUUAUCAAAAAGGCUGAAUUUGUGGGAAAUCCCUGUAGGCUUUAUAAUAAAUAUUUGGCAGGAAUACACAUGUAAAAGAAAAGUGGAAAUCAAAGACACACUUUGGUUAGUGAUCAUCUCACAGCAGAAAGAGACAUUAAAAAAAGAAUGACACUGUAUUUUUUUUUCCAGCAAUCGAAAAGAAAAAGAAAGACACAUUAUUGUUUUUG